AUGACGGACCAUAACUCCUUUGCAAAACUCAAGACGAUACAUUUGUACUCCUGUCCCAGACUCACAUUUGUGCUCCCAUUGUCAUGGUUUACCUUGUCCAGCCUGGAGACUAUCCACAUCGUUUAUUGUGGUAAUCUCAAUCAGGUAUUCCCCACAGAACCUGAGCUGCUAAAGAAGCUAUCUACUGACCGCAGUCGAAAAGGAGUACUAGAAUUCGCAAAGCUGAAGGACAUCUACCUCCAUGAGCUCCCCAAGCUGCAUCAGAUAUGUGAGGCCAAGAUCUUUGUUCCUGACCUCAAGACCAUCUUGUGA